AAAAACAUGGAACAAGUCGUGCUACCAGAAAAAACCCUGCAUCUCCAAUGCAUCAAAACCAGAAUUCAACAUGUCGCUAGCAGAACAAGAUCUGAAUCCAAACAAAAGUUCGGUGUUUCAUAUGGAGGGGGUGUUGUUGAAAUCAUGUUCUGUCUUUCCUUACUUCAUGCUAGUAGCCUUUGAAGCUGGAGGACCCUUGAGAGCUUUCGUUCUUCUCCUUCUUUACCCUCUUUUGUGUUUGGUCGGGAGGAAAAUUGGGAUGAAGAUCAUGGUUUUUGUUUCCUUUGUGGGAUUGAAAGAGGAGACUUUCAGAAUCGGAAGCACUGUUUUGCCAAAGUUUUUCCUAGAAGAUAUUGGAAAUGAAGGGUUUGAUAUGGUGAUGAAGUACAGUGGAAGAAAGAUAGGAGUGAGUGAAAUGCCUAGAGUGAUGGUGGAGAGGUUUCUGAGAGAUUACUUGAGAGUUGAAGGCGUUGUGGGGAAGGAAUUGAAGGUGAUUUCAGGGCAUUUUACAGGUUUAAUGGAGGAAAAGAACACAGGCUUAGGCGACGUUUUCAGCUCAUCAGAUAUUGGCCUUUGUUGCUUCAAGAAUCAGAAACUCUUUUCUCUGUGUGAGGUGGUUUACUUGGUAAAUGAAGAGACAUGUCAGAUGGGCGGAAGAUCGAAAUUCGAGGUGGCUAACCAUGUUCAAGGAGAGAUUGCCAAGGCCUUGGGAUUUAAGUGCACAAACUUGACUAGGAAAGACAAGUACAAAUUGUUGGCUGGUAACGAGGGAUUAAUUAAGAGAUCUGUAAGAAAAUGUCAGUAAGAAGUAGAAAUUUGUCAUUUGGUUGAUGUUUGCCUGUGAGAACCUCUUUGGGUAAAAUUAUUUAGAGAUAAACUUUUAUUGUACAAUUUUUUAUAUAAUUUCACUUGUUAAUUGUACUGAGAAAUUAUAAAUAAAAAUAUUUGUUUAAU